ACCACAUGUUUCCCCGAGAAGAGUAAAAAAACUAUCAAUUGAGUGAUUUGUGGCGCGCUCCAGAAAGCCGAGAGGUUAUGGCGACCGCGGAGGAGGGCGGCGAUGGAUUCGAGUUCCUAGCAGAUCCGGUGGACAGGUUCCCCUUGGCGGAUCUUGGACGCGGCGUCUUCGCUCCCGAUGGUGAGCCAGAGGCUAAUCUCACACAGUCAGCGGCUGAAUCCAGCAUGGGAGAUGUGGGCGAUGUGCCGCUAAUCCUGCAAUUGGCCAUCAACAACGGCUGUGAAGCAUUAAGCUUCUCUGCGACGGAUUCGCAACAGUCAGCUGGAAAGGAUGACCCUCAAGCCCCCGGCUGGACUAAAAGGUUCUUGAUUUCUUGGGUAUAGAGAAAAUACCAUCAAAGCACAUCCUCUAGAGGUGGACGAAAGAUGCAAUAGAUAUACUUCCACAGCAGUUGGCACACGCACAGAAGACCAUAUAUCGGUUAACUCCAUUACAUUCGGACAUUCAAAUCUGUAUACUCAUGCUUUGGAGGUUGUAAAACUUGGUGAUGCAAACCAAAUUGCAUAUGAUUGUGCAAUGGAGCUUCUUAGAUCAGCAAUGUAUAAACUGAUCCCUUUAGCUUCUGAGCAUGACGGUCUGGGUUUAGAACACAAAAUUGAGUUCAACAAGCCAAAAGGUACAGAAUUGAGUGUGUUCGUGAACCACAAAAAGUAUGCGGGAGUGAUGCUGGAGGUAGUGCAGUUGGAAAUUUCAUUGGUUUAGCAGCUCCAGAACGCAAACGGAAGGCCGGUCGACCAACCAGCAGCAGAGACAAGCCUCCAUAUGAUGAUCUCGGUGCAAAGAGCAAAAAAAGUAAGUUUCUGGCACAUCUAGAUGCUGCAGUAUAUAUGUCGCGAACCAGGGCACAAGAGCACAACAUGUCCACAGCGGGGUGAGCUCCCUCAAAAGAAAAGGAAAAAAAGCCAAAUGCUCAAUAUGCGGAGUGGGAGGGCAUCGCAAGAACACCUGCAAGUCUGCAACAAUCCAAAGAUUGUUUACAUGUUCCUCAGAAAGCUACACAUGAACGACCUGUGGAAAUGUGAUUAAUCUGGUGUAUCACUGAACUUCCACCGUUUUUCCCUUGUAUGAUGAUUGCUCACAACCUAGUGGUGUGAAAUAAAUUAUGUAUUGUCAGCUUAGGAAUUGUGACAAUGUUUCCUCUUGUAUAUGUCUAAAACCUUUGACUUGGAUUAAUCUGGUUUAUCACUGAA